GAUAUCGAAAUCACUUUGUAAAGUUCAUUGUUGCAAGUCGGUAAGCUAUGGUAUUGGACAAGUUUUUCAUCAGUUUAAACAAUGACGCUGUUACCUACUUUCCUGGACAAGAAAUUACAGGAAACGUACACAUCUGGAACAACGAAUCCAAGAAUGUGAUAGGUAUUUACGUCGAAUGCCGCGGCCUUGCGCAAGUGUCUUUCUCAAGAACGGAACAAGAAAUGAGAACCGUUUAUCGAAAUGGGCGGUCACACACGGACGUGAUAAACAAAACGGUCCACUAUUCGUCCAAGGAAAGUUACUUCCAUCACCGAGUAACGAUCAGUGCAGGAAAUGGUCACGUGCUGAACAAAGGGAAACACCAGUUUCCAUUUUCAUUCCUACUUCCACAAGAGAUCCCAUCUUCAUUCGAAGGAGCCCACGGUAACGUACGUUACACCCUUCGAGCUGUUUAUGAGCGUCGUUUGAAAUGGAACCACGAAUGCAAGAUCCCAAUCACCAUCAAUUCGAUCACGGAUCUCAACACUAUUCCGGAAGCGAACGUACCCGUACGAGCGACUGGCUUCAAGACGCUAGGAAUUCUCUGCUGCAAAUCGAAUCCAAUCAUGGCCACUUUCUGGCUGGAUCGUGCUGGAUACGUCCCAGGAGAGAAAAUUAUAUUAAACGCUGAAGUGGAGAACCUGACCAGGAAGCGCAUGCGCGGCUCAAAGAUUCAGAUAAUAGAGCGCACAAAUUUUCAUGCUACGCGGGCUACGGAAUGCCAUGAGCGUGUCAUUCACGAAUCCGUACGAGGGAAAUUUAAAGCCGUUGAGUUGUGGGAAAACUAUCCCAUUAUUGUUCCUCCGAUUGUCUCGUCGGGUUUAAACUUCUGUCGCAUCAUCGAUGUCACCUACAUACUUGUGUUUUCUGUGGAUCCCGGGUCGUUUUCAUUCAACUUGAAGGUUUCUCAUAACCUUCUCAUUGGAAACGUUCCGUUGCGGAGUUCCUUUGCUAAUUUCCAGCAUCGUAAUGUGAUUUCAGCUGCGCAAGGAGAACAUGGAAAUCCUUCAGCUAUUGCUGGCCCCAGUAUCCCGGGCGCAGAAACAUAUCCAGAUCUACCUCCGCCAUCUUACGAGGAAUGUAUGUUUGGUGGAAAUAUAAGAGAUACCGAAGACUCUGAGCAUGUCAGCUAUGGUGCUGGAGAUUCCUAUAAACCUCGUUAUUUGACUUACGGUAGCUGUUAGCAUUCCAAACGUAGCCAUUUGAUAAUGCUACUCUGAAUAAAACCAUUCUUUUAUUUCAUGCUGUAACGAAUAAGUGGGUAAU